AUGAACCUUCCUUCUCAUCUAGCUCCGGAACGCCUCACGAUCAUGAUUGUGGGCGAUUCCAUGACCCACGGCGAAGAGGGUGACUGGACUUGGCGGUAUCGCAUCUGGGAGUGGUUCCAACAUGCAGCACCGCACGUCAAAGUCAGGUUUGUAGGACCGUAUACAGGGACGGUCCCACCACCAAAGUCACAUCCGCCCCUGCCUCCGCGGCUCCCAGGAGAGAAGGAUCCCGAUGAACGAGAUUCCAUGGCAGGAGGCUAUGCCAAGGACAUCUCACCGGACUUCGAUCGGGAGCAUUUUGCGCAUACUGGACGUCAGAUGAAGCAAGCAAAGGACGAGAUAUAUUCGCAAGUCUCCAUCUACAAGCCGGACAUGCUCCUAACUAUGCUUGGCUUUAAUGACCUCGCCUGGUUCGUGAGCUCUGGUGCAGAGGAGACUCUCGAGGAUACGAAGACUUUUAUUGACCAGGCACGGGCUGCGAACCCGGACAUCCGCUUUGUGAUGGGUAACAUUCCUCAAAGGACUCAUACCGGCAGGGACGAUCUGGUCAAAAAGACAUCGAAGUACAACUCAUUGCUUCAUCAUGCCAUCUCUGGGUGGAGCACUUCCAGAUCACGCAUUGAAGGUGUCGAGAUAGAGCGCAGCUACGGCUAUGUUCCUGACGAAUGCAAGGGGACUUUCGAUGGUUUGCAUCCAAAUGCUCUCGGAGACUACCAGAUCGCAUGCGCCUUCUCUCGAACACUCCAUCACGCUUUCGGUUAUGGCAACAAGCCGCUGGCGAUGCCGAAGCAUAUACCGAAACGGGCCUUGCCUGUACCUUCGAACCUCAAAGCUUUUGGGGCGCCUUAUGGUGUGGCUUGCACCUUCGAUGCUGUGUAUGGAUGUCACGGCUACGACACUCGUCAGCGAAAGCAGGGUGAAUCUGAUUGGAACGAAGGCUACACAGGCAUGAACCGCAUCGACCACACUUUCACGAGUCCUGGAGAGAAGUGGGAGUUUCAAGUCCGAGCCAGCGGCGGUCUGCACGAGAAAGGCGAGUGGUCUGAAGUUGUCCGAGCAACAGCUGAGCGAAAUACUGCGCCACCUCCGAAGAAUGUGCAAGUUUACUCGACACCACUUGGGUUUGAGGCUACUUGGGAGCCCUUGGACGACAGUUGGGAAGUGGAUCGCUACGUUGCGCUGUACCAGGACAGGACGGAAAAUGGAUUCCUCUGUGGUGUAGCAUCAAAAGGCACAUCGGCUAGUGUCAAUGAUCUCAAGCAAGGGCACCGUGUAGAUGUCAUGAUGCAGACGUGGACAGCAGCGGGUCCUGGAGCACCCGAGCAUGGUGGCACGAUCGUCGUGGGCAGUGGAGUGUUCUCGAGACCUGCGAGUCGUCAUUGA